AUGAAGAUUGUCGCCCCCAUCCUCGCCGUUGUCGCUCUCGUGGCCUCCGCCGUCUCCGCUUCGCCCAUGAUGCGCCAAGUGAACGAGUCGUCCAGCAGCUGCACACUGUCGGGCACCUACGCCAGCGGCACGGACGUGUCAUCGUGCAGCACCAUCAAGAUCGGCUCGCUGACGGUGCCUGCCGGAGUCACGCUGGACUUGAGCGACGUUGCGGACGGCGCCACCAUUGAGUUCACGGGCACGACGACGUUCGAGACGUCCGAGUGGGAAGGCCCGCUCAACCCUCUCACGGGCACGGACCUGACUGUUGGCGGCACCGGAACUCUGGAUGGCCAGGGAGACUGGUACUGGGAGAAGGGCACGUCCAUCGACCGCCCCGUCUUCUUCCGCAUGAGCAAAGUCAUCUCCUCCACGGUGUCGGACUUCACCAUCAAGAACUCGCCCUACCGCACCUUCAGCAUCCUCAGUUGUGAGUCUACCACCAUCAGUGGACUCACGCUCGACUCGAGCGCGGGUGACGACACUGCUAAGAACACGGACGGCUUCGACCUGAGCAAGAACACGGACGUCACGAUCUCAGGCAACACCAUCUACAACCAGGACGACUGCCUCGCCAUGCAGUCCAGCACCAACACGGUCUUCUCCAGCAACACCUGCAGUGGCGGACACGGCAUCUCUAUCGGCUCCAUCGGUGGGUCCUCCGUCAGCUCUUCGGACACGGUCUCGGGUCUGACGGUCAAGAACAACAAGAUCAUCAACAGCGUCAACGGUAUCCGCAUCAAGACCAUCAUCGACGACUACGGAACGGUGGAGGACGUGACGUACACGAGCAACACGCUGUCGAACGUCGAGAACGCCAUCGUGAUCCACGGCGACUACAGCAAGUCCAAGGGCGGGUACACGGGCUCUGCUACGAGUAAGGUGACGAUCUCGGGGAUCACCAUCGACGGCCUGACGGGCUCAGCCGACACGGUGUACGACAUCCUCAUCGACUCGGACGUUGCGUCGGACUGGUCGUUCUCGGGUAUUGAUGUAUCUGGUGACACGGGCAGCUGCAGCGGCGAGCCCAGCGGUAUCAGCUGCUAA